CUGAUUAACAGCAGACUUAUUAUUUUUCUUAUUACAUAUCAUACUUAAAAAAAAAAGUACAUAUAUACACACAUAUAUUCACCCACAUUGAAGAUGCAAGAUGAAGAAAGAUACAUGACAUUGAAUUUACAAUUGAAAAAAAGGAGUUCUAGCCAAACGCCGCAACUUAAAUUUAAAGAUUGUUCUGUGAUGUUGCACUGGUAUAAAAUCUUAUUGGGGAUAUCUGGAACAGUAAAUGGUAUUCUGGUUCUGACUUUGAUCUCCCUGUCUUUACUGGUUUCUCAGGGAAUAUUGCUAAAAUGCCAAGAAGCAAAGAAUUCAAAUAUCACCCAACAUGAUGAUAUUGGAAACCUGAAAAUGAACAGUGGCACGAGAGGAAAUAUAAGUAGUAAGGACACAAGCCACUGUGGUUCAAAAGCUACAGACCAUUCAGGGUUGUGCCCGUCUGAAUGGCUCAAAUAUCAAAAAAAGUGUUAUUGGUUCUCUAAUGAGAUGAAAAGUUGGAGUGACAGUUAUGGGUAUUGUUUGGGAAGAAAAUCUCAUCUACCAAUCAUUCAGGACCAACUUGAAAUGGCUUUUAUACAGAAAAACCUAAAACAAACAAACUAUGUGUGGAUUGGGCUUAACUUUACAUCACUGAAGAGGACAUGGACCUGGGUGGAUGGUUCUCCAUUAGAUUCAAAGACAUUUUUCAUAAAAGGACCAGCUAAAGAAAAUAGCUGUGCUGCCACCAAGGAAAACAAAAUUUAUUCUGAAACCUGCAGCAGUGUUUUCAAAUGGAUUUGUCAAUCAAUCAAUAAUCAAUGAUCAAAGUUUUUUUGCCAAUUAGGUUCUAAUAUUAAUCUUAAGGAGUAAGAAUUUAAAACUACAAUUAAAAAAUAGAAUUGCAAUUAAACAACAAAAUGUCUUCUCCAUCUUCCCUCCAUCAUCUACCUUGGUUCUAACCUUAGAGUACCCCAUGUAAACAAUCUAAAAUAUUCCCUUUCAAUGUUUUACGUGGUAAUAUAAUCCAGUGUGAGUCCAUGCGUUCAUACUCAAGAUUUUUUUCAUUUUUCAUUUUACAACAAAUGUGGUCAAAUUAUAUCUGCUUUUCUGUAUUGUGCUUGUUUAAUUUGUAACAAUAUCCUAUGCAAAUUUCAUAUAAUUCUGAGUUGUGCUUUAGUAUGGAUUUAUACAUUUUUUUUACUGUUUUCUUGAUGAGCAUUAACUUUGUUCUCAAGUUUUUUCUACUGUAAACUAUGCUGCAGUAAACAUUCUGAAUAUCUUUUUUAAAAGUAA